AUGUUUGUCCUCGUGGAGAUGGUGGACACCGUGCGGAUCCCCCCGUGGCAGUUUGAGAGGAAGCUCAACGAUUCCAUCGCCGAAGAAUUGAACAAAAAGUUGGCCAACAAGGUCGUGUACAACGUGGGACUCUGCAUCUGUCUGUUUGACAUCACCAAGCUGGAGGACGCAUACGUGUUCCCAGGGGAUGGUGCGUCACACACGAAAGUUCACUUUCGCUACGUGGUGUUCCAUCCAUUCCUGGACGAGAUUCUGAUUGGAAAGAUCAAAGGCUGCAGCCCGGAGGGAGUGCACGUCUCCCUAGGGUUCUUCGACGACAUUCUCAUCCCUCCGGAGUCGCUGCAGCAGCCGGCCAAGUUCGACGAGGCAGAGCAGGUGUGGGUGUGGGAGUACGAGACGGAGGAGGGCGCCCACGACCUGUACAUGGACAUUGGCGAGGAGGUCCGCUUCCGGGUGGUGGACGAGAGCUUCGUGGACACGUCCCCCACGGGACCCAGCUCAGCUGAGGCUGCCUCUUCCAGCGAGGAGCUGCCCAAGAAGGAGGCUCCAUACACGCUCAUGGGAUCCAUCAGUGAGCCAGGCCUGGGCCUCCUCUCCUGGUGGACGAGCAGCUAG